AUGGCCGUCUUGUCCCGGUCGUCCCUCCGCGGCUCUGUGCGACGGAAUCCCGACGACCACUCGGACAACGACCGUCAGGGCCCGCUGAAGAAGAAGCAGCGGACACUGCACGAUCUCUGGCCUCUGAACCGUCGCAUAAGUUCCCCAGACUGCCUCGACACCACCGCCCCGGAUGAGGAUUCUGCCCCCAGCAAAGCUCGACACGCCCUGCCUCCCUUGAAGCCCGCGCGCCCGCCGACGGCGACCCGUCGCACUCGCCGACCGUCCUCCUCCUCGGUUGAUAGUGUCACCUCGGGGAAUCCAUUGACGUCGGGGACCCCUCGCGUGAAUGGCAAUGGUGUCGUCAAAAACCCCCGGGGUCUAUCCGACCGAGCUACCCCUGCAGGGAGUCGUGUUUCCGCGGCAGAUGUGCUCCGCGGGGACCGAGAGUCGCCAGAUCCAUUGGACACGAUCUCCCCAGUAGUGACCAAUCCCACCGUGAAAACGCGCUCUAGAGCUCCUACACACACCGCAGACUCCGAGUCGAAACUUGCCAAAUCGCCUACCUCAACGCGCACUAGCCGGCGCAGCGACCCUGAAGCGAGGACGGACGAGGCUGAUACGGUCGAACCAGAGAAUAAGGUGGCGACCACCGUGCAGUCGGCUCACCUGCGACCGGCAGAUGCGACUCGGUCGCAGCAGCACAAGAGCGAUGAAGCUGAGGGUGAGCAGGAAGCGCCAAAACGAGCAGGAAGCGAGAGGCGAUCACUGCGCUCUACAGAUCCGGGCCCUCGAGGCAAGCUUGAGUUGGCGCAGUAUUUCCACAAUUAUGAGCAGAUCAUCAGUCUCGAUGAUCCCAAGCCUGAACUUGUCGCUUUCAACACAAUCGUCACACUAGUGGACGACCUUCCUGAACCCUUAUCCAUAUCUUCCACGCCAAAUCCAAUGCCUUUCGGCAAUCCGCUACAAAAUCUGUAUAAUUGUGAGGUGAUUACGCUGCCCGAGCCGGCAUCAAGUUCACUGGGCAUCGACCCUCUGAACGAGGAACUAUAUUUCCGUGCGCACCGUAAAUUCGAACGUCAGGAGAAGCAAUUACGAAACAUUGAACGCGAGCGGGCUCAGCACGAGAAGCAGCACGUGGACCGGCUUCUCGAAGAACUACGCGGCCCAGACUGGCUGCGUGUGAUGGGUCUUACCGGCGUCCACGAGAACGAGAAGAAGCUCUACGAGCCGAAGCGCCAAAUCCUCAUUGAUGAGCUUGUUGCUCUCAUCAAAAAAUUCCAAGUCUGGCGGGACGAAGAGCGGAAACGCAAAUUGGCCAAAGAGAAACAGCUAUCGACCGCAGAUACAGAGACCGAAUCGCACGCGCCUCGACACUCGCGAAAGCGUUCACGGCCUGCUGAAGACGCCGCGGAAGAAAGCUCUCCUUUGCCAGAUACCCCUAGCACCCCGGACCCGAACGACGUGGAUGCCUGGGCUGCGCGCCAGCUACACCAGGAAGCCCGUUCAGCCUCCGCCGCCCAACGGCGCAAAUCCGUCUCAGAACACCGUAAGCCCAAGGCCGCGCGCGCAGGGGGAGACGACCACUCUGCUCUUGCGAGCGAAACUAAAGCCAACUUCAAACGUCAAAAGCCCACCAACACCUCGGCCUCCCCAGCUGCACCGGCCCCGGCUGCAGCUCCCUUCUCCUACCCUCCACCUACAGACAAGCCUUUCACCUCGUUUUUCGAACAACCACACGACCGCGAGACAGCUCUGGCUGCGGUGAACGGUACCCGUCGCGGCCGCACACAUACCAUUCUGGCCUUCGGCCAUCCCAUGCCAGACAUGCAAGAGCGCGACUUCGAUCCGCCGGAAGAGAUCCUCACCGACGAGGCGAUUCAUGCGUCGCAGCGGCAGCGGCGGAUGAUGAAGCGGCGGAGCCGAGGUUGA